CCGCACACUCGCGCUCUUAAGAUGCUGUCUAAGUAGGCGGCUCGCUAGGUUUUCAAACCUAGCCGCAGACGCUCUAUUUCCUGGUUACUUCGCAAGGAUGAAUGUGGGCGUUGCUCACAGCGAGGUGAACCCAAACACGCGGGUGAUGAACAGUCGGGGGAUCUGGCUGGCCUACCUGCUGCUCACCACUGCCCUGCAUGUAGUCUUACUCAGCAUCCCUUUCCUCAGUGUGCCUGUGGUGUGGACGCUCACCAAUGUCAUACACAACCUGGUGAUGUAUCUGUUUUUGCACACCGUCAAAGGCACACCGUUUGAGACGCCAGACCAAGGCAAAGCACGUUUGCUUACUCACUGGGAACAGAUGGACUACGGCAUCCAGUUCACAGCAUCCAGGAAGUUCCUCACCAUCUCACCUAUUGUACUGUACAUCUUGGCCAGCUUCUACACUAAAUAUGAUACCACCCAUUUCCUAGUCAACACAGGCUCGCUACUAAGUGUCCUCCUUCCCAAGUUGCCUCAGUUUCAUGGAGUUCGUCUAUUUGGUAUAAAUAAAUACUGAUAUGACACUUCAGCCCACUCAUGGAGGGGUCGUAGCAUCAUGGAGAUAAGAUGACUGAAGUUCCUUCAUUCUCCAUAUGAUGCUUCCUUGGUCCAAAGCCGUAGGGCCUUAAGGAACCAAAACUGCACUGGACUCAAGUACACUAUUUAAAAAAAGGCCUUCCAUGCUCAGGUUUACUCAAUCUGUGGUGUUUCUUUUUUUUUUUUUUUUUUUUUUAAAUCUGGGACUUAUGUCUGUAAUUUCUUUUUGUAAUCAUAAUGUCUAGAUUCAUCAAGUUUAAGGAUGUUUUGACUGCAUUGCAACAGACAAUUUGCCAAUUAUUAUCCGCUGAUAUUAAUUUUAAUAAGGUUUGCUUUGCAUAAUCCCGUUUGCCACAACAAGCUGUCACUGUGGAGUCAAAACAUGAUAGUGCUGAAUUAUUAUAAAGUUCAGAUUGUUUUUUGUCAGUGUUCUAGUAUAUAACAUGGGCAACUGCAGUAAAUAAGAUAUGUUAGAAAUAGAAUCAUUAGAAAAACACAUCUGUUUUGAGUUCAAUCUGAACUGUGUUGCUGCAUUUUUCAUUUCAUUUGCUCCAAAAAUGCAAAACAAUGAUCUGUGAUAAUGUGUGAAUGUGAUGUAGUAUACAAUCUGGUUUCUCUUGAAGUGUUUCACUUAAAGUUCAUUACUUAGGUUUCCUGCAGAGCGCUGGUUAUAUUGGAUUUCCUUGAAUUCAUGUAUUUAUUUAUUUUAUCAUAUCAUGAAACAUUCCAAUUUGAAGUAAAUGCCAAGGUAAACAUACAUUAUUGUUAUUAUAUUUAACGUACAUGCCUGCAUUGAUCAUGUUUGUUCACAAUACGGAAGUGAGAGCAUGCAGAUUGAGGAACAAAAGUCUAAAACUAUGGGAUUCAAAUUUUAAUUUAAAGCUGGAAAUAAUCAGAUUUUUUUUUUUUACAACUUACAACAAAAACAAUGUAAAACGAAUAAUAUUAUAUUCUACACUUUUUACAUUUUUCCAUGCCACAAAUGGCAUCAAAUUUGUAAAACUGCACUGUAAAAAGUAAUACGCUAUAUCUACUCCAUAAAAUUUUGGUAACAGAUUACAAGCAAUAUCAUUAAUUAAAUUGAACAAAUAGAACUGAGUUAGAAUUAAUCAAAUUAAUUCCUUAAAUGUGAAGAUGUUUAAAUCGAGUAAAAUUUAAACAAAAAUAUCUGAAUAACAGACAGACAUCAAAGAUGAGUUAACAACUCUUUAUUUUUUAUUGCCAACAUUGAAGACACCUGAUGAUAACAAGAAUCACUGAAGGAAAGAGAAACACAAGAAUUAAGAGGUUUAGAUGUUGAUUUUAUUGAAAAUGUUUGGUCACCAUUAUGGUGAUCAGUGUUUCAUUUAGUUGGGCAGUUUGACUGUUUUUGUAAUGGUGUUUGCUAAUUUUACACAAUUUAAAUGGUUGAUUUUUAAGGAAUUAAUUUGGUUAAUUCAAACUCAGUUCUUAUGUGUUGAAUUUAAUUAACGAUAUUGCUUGUAAUUGUUGCCACAAUUUUAUUGAGUAGAUAGAGCGCAUUACUUUUUACAGAUGCUCAGAUGCUGACAAUAUGCUUUUUGGAUCGUUCUCAAGUCAUGAUCAUCAGCUUUCACACAAGCUUAUGGAGUUCAUGUAACUUGAGUACUGCUGUCAUUGUGUUGCACUGGUAUAAUUAAAAUGACUCUUGCACAAGAUAA